GAAUACCCAUAUACCACUCCAACCUACCUACCAUACCUUGUCUCCAAAUCCACCACUGAAAAAAGAAUGGCAACUACUGAAACGCCUCAAAUAAAGUCUGUUGUGUACUGUCAAGUCUGUACUCUCCCUGUAGAAUACUGCGAAUUUGGAGGUACCAUCAAAGCCUGCAAGGAAUGGCUGAAGAACAACCAUGAAGAUGUCUACAAUCGUCUGUACGCUGUCGAUUCUUUAUCUGCAGACAUGAAAGACAAACUCGGAGUGUCUGGUGCAGCUUCUGCUGAUGAGGUCUCAACGAAGGAAACGAGACGUGCUGAACGUGAGGCGGCGAAACGGUUAGCCUCCAAGGUGAUCAUUAAAAUUGUUGAACGUACCCGUAGAAAACGUGUGACGACUGUUCGUGGCCUUGAUAUUUUCGGCGUGGAAACGAAGAAGGCUGCAAAGAUGAUGGCCAACAAGUUCGCUACAGGAGCCAGCGUAACCAAGAGUGGGGACGGAAAGGAUGAAAUUGUCAUUCAAGGUGAUCUUGGUUACGACGUUCAAGAGUUUAUUGAGGAGAAGUUCAAGGAGGUUCCUGCUGACAACAUUGACGUUGUUGAGGAUACCAAGUCUAAAAAGAAGUGAUCUGAAUGCAAUGUAGACACGUUGAGGACAUUUACUGAAAUGUGUACCAACAAACUUAUACGAAAAGUUGAAGGGAGAAAAGGAGCUGGAAGAAACUGAUAAGAAAGGUCUGUUGGAAGGAGGGUUUAUUAGAUGAAUUGCCGAUGUACAGGUCACUUUUUGGGUGUUUAGAAACAGUAAGAAAAUCGCUGGCCCUAGUACUCGAAGUCAAAGUAGUUGAAGUUAUCGAUGCGACCUAGAACAAUUUCAUCUCUUUAUAAAGAAUACUCAUCUCUUUAAACUCUCACUUUAUUAAUGCUGAUGGCAUUCUGCUUCAUAAAUUACUGUCAAACUAUCGUAGUUUACUCUAACGAUGACUCUGGUUAAUUCAUCAAAAAGAUAUCAAGUAACUAAAUGUCCAAAAGUUUCC